AUGAAGGUGAUAUCUGCAUUCAGCAUGGUCCGCUUCACAUACAUAACAGCAACUAGUGUCACGGUGACUGAAUGUGCCGUGAAAUCAUUGCAUAGUAAAAUCAGCUCACCUUGUCAUACUUUAAUAGGUGUCGCUCUGAACUCAUUCAAUUCAGUUGAGGGCAUCCAAUCGUCACUUCGCGAAACGAACAUACCAGAUUAUUCUGAUACAUUCUGCACAGAUGAUGAGAUCAAUAAGUGCUAUUGUGGUACUUUGUUGCCAAUUCGUACAAACAACACUCAGGAAUUGGAGGUGAAUGGUAUCGUCUGCCCUAAACAUGCGGCUCGUGAUGAUAGUAGCAGCAACAAUACUACUAAUUUUCUGUACAGCAAGCUUCUUGACAAAAACAAUAUCGACGCAUGUAGUAUCCCAUAUGCUGCGUUUGCCAAACCAGACGUUCCUAAUAGUUCCACUCCCGCAUAUGAUCCUUUGUCCGAAGCUACCACAAGGAAGGGUGAAGUGAACACCAUCAAAAUCGCCAAUGGUGAGAUAUUUUUCGAUGGUGGAGUGCUCGAUAGUGAUGACGAAGACAUCGACGAUGCAGAUGAGUGGGCUGUGGAGCCACCCAGCACCACACAAUUGCUUGUGGCCGAGGUCAUACUCGCCGCAAUAUUGGUGUUUGUAUCACUCGAACCAAGCCGUUUUCGGUGA